GUCUCCGCCUCCUCCUUUUCCUCCCGCUCUUCUUUCCAGACCGUCCCGCUGCGCUGUAGGGACGCUGGCGCGGGAAGGAGGUCGUGACGAGCUGACUCUAUCUGCCGCCACUAUGCAGAUCACACUGAAAACUCUGCAACAGCAGACCUUCCGGAUCGACAUUGACCCGGAGGCGACGGUGAAGGCACUGAAAGAGAAGAUUGAAUCUGAACGGGGGAAAGAUGCAUUUCCAGUAGCUGGCCAAAAACUAAUUUAUGCAGGUAAAAUCCUUAAUGAUGAUACUGCUCUUAAAGAAUACAAAAUAGAUGAGAAGAACUUCGUGGUGGUUAUGGUUACAAAACCCAAAGCAGCAGCUGGAGUGACUCAGCAGUCAAAUGCUACUACUGCUAUUAGCUCGACAACUGCAGCUCCCACACCAGUCACUACACCAGGCCCUGCUGCUGCUUCUGUGACAGCUCUUGACCCUUCACCGCCAGCAUCAGAUGCAGCUGCUUUUGAAUCUGCACCUGUGGGUGCUUCUGAAGAAGAGAUGCCAGUAGAAACCCCACCUGAGGCACCAGCUGCUGUUGGCCCAUCAACUGACAGUACAACAGGUGAUACAUCUCGAUCAAAUCUUUUUGAGGAUGCUAUAAGUGCACUUGUGACGGGUCAGUCCUAUGAGAAUAUGGUGACUGAGAUCAUGUCAAUGGGAUAUGAACGAGAGCACGUAAUUGCAGCGCUGAGGGCCAGCUUCAACAAUCCUGACAGAGCAGUGGAAUACCUUUUAAUGGGUAUACCUGGAGAUAACCAGGAUGCGGCUGAAUCCUCUCAAGCAACAAGCAGUGGUGCCUUUCUAUCUCCAGCAGUGGCUGCAGCAGUAGCAACUGGACCUACAAGUUCAUUUGGAGGACAUCCACUUGAGUUUUUACGAAAUCAGCCUCAGUUCCAGCAGAUGAGACAAAUCAUUCAGCAAAAUCCUUCUCUGUUGCCUGCAUUGCUACAGCAGAUUGGACGGGAAAACCCUCAACUACUGCAGCAAAUAAGCCAACACCAGGAACACUUUAUUCAUAUGUUGAAUGAGCCAGUUCUAGAGUACCACCAAGGUUUAAGUGGGAGUGAAGCCAGUAUUGGAGUAACAGAACCUGGAAAUACUCACAUGAACUACAUUCAAGUAACACCUCAGGAGAAAGAAGCUAUAGAAAGGUUAAAGGCAUUAGGAUUUCCUGAAGGACUUGUGAUACAGGCAUAUUUUGCUUGUGAGAAGAAUGAAAACUUGGCUGCCAACUUCCUUCUACAACAGAACUUUGAUGAAGAUUGAGAGACACUUUUUUAUUUCACACCUCACACCAGUGCAUUACACUAACUUUGUUCACUGGAUUGUCUGGGAUAUUUGGGCUUAUAUUCAUAACACUUGGUGUAUGGUAUAUGGGGAAAGGUGGAGAAUAUAUGAAGCAAAGCAAAGAAAGGAGCAAGUAUAUCUGCUUUAAAUUAGCAGAUGCAGAAAAUUACACAGUGUAAAAUAAUACAAAACCAAAAAUCAGCUUCUGCAGAUAAUUAGUUCCUUCCAUAAACUGUAGGUUAACUUCUUCUAGGUUUUCACUCUUAUUGUACUAGUUCCAGAACAGUAGCGUAACACCCUGCUUCAUGUUCCUUUCUACUUUGUAUUGGUUUUGGAAGUAGUGUGCGCUACCUAGAUUCUACAAUCUGUAUUUCAUGGCAACACUGGAUAGAAGCUUUGUGAAAUCUAGGAGAUCUGAGCAAAUGUAAACACGAAUGCCAAAAUAUGAGUAGUUAUUUUGCUUUUUCAGAUGUGUUAAAGUGGUGCAAGAAGCACAGUUUUCUGUUUAACGCUGGAUUAAAAAAAUGUUGGCUUUUUAAAAAUGAAAACCCAUUUAACUUAAAAGUGACUUGGUUAUUGAGAAAUCCCACCCCCUCCUUUGCCACCUCAAAAGAUCUGAGAAGCUGUGGCAUACAGGGAAAAUUAUUUUCCUGUUUACAUAUUUUUCUUUUGGAAAAAUGGUCGUUGGCAAAAUCAUGGAUAUCUAAUUACUGUUCAGUUCAAUGUUAUGUUGCAGUAACAGUUACAAAGGUGAUAGGCUGCAUCUUUGGUUUUGCUAUAUGCACUCUUGUGAAUUGAAUAUUCUUUUUCAGCCAACAAACAAAAUGCAAGCUUAUUUUGUCUGCUGCAAGGAGACUUUAUCAAAUGAAAUUUAUCUUCCUGCAGCAUUUGCAGUAGGGCUGUAAGCAUCUGAAGAUAUUGGCAUUCUGUUGCUCUUGAGUAAAUUGUCAUGAUCAAGCUAUAUCUGUUCAAUAAGGACUUUUUGGAUUUAUUCACUUUGAGGAAGAGAAGCUCAUAACUUGAGAUAUCAAGCAGACAAGUUAUUCUAACCCAAAAGAAUCUGAACUCAUACCUUUCUAUUGAAAAUAAGCACUCGUUAUAGUUUUGAGUCUUACUUCUUGGUAUCAACUUGUCAUUCAUUUUGGUUAGUCAGCAUAAAAUGUAACAAUCUUCCAUCGAUAUAGGUUGACUUUUAGAGACAAUUUUGUCCAUCAUUGCAAUGCUAGCCAUGAAAACAACUUCUAACUUAAUCUAAAGCUAUUACGUGCAAUAUUUCCUGAACACAGGUUGGGGAUGUUUUGAGUUUUUACUGUUGUACUCCAAUUGUUUAGAUUACAAAUUUAUCUCUACAGUAACCAAUAAAAGAUUAUUUGUGGUACAGCACUGAGCUAUUGUACUACUAAUUAUAUUAAUGAUUUAGUGGUACAACUGAAAAAUUAUUUUCUGCUUAGUUUGUGUAUCAGUGGCUUAACUACUUAACUACUUAACUGCUACUUAAGCUCAAAGUACAAGUCAAGUGUCCUGAGAAAAGAGAACAAGGACUGAAAUGUUUGUGUUUGUAUUUUGUUUGUUUAUUGGUUGGCCUAAGUAGUCUGUUAAAUAAUUAUCUGCACAAAAUAAUGUAUUAAAGCGUUUUACUUUUUCUUUCUA